AUGGCGGGGAUCAAUUCUUCAGUCUCAUACCAUAGCCUGAAGGUGGAUCCGGCAUACAAACCAGUCAAUCAGAAGCAUAGAAGGUUCGCUCUAGAGCGCAACCAAAUUAUAGCUGAAGAGGUAAGCAAGUUACUUCAGGCAGGCUUCAUCCGAGAGGUGUACUACCCACAAUGGCUCUCCAACGUGGUGGUGGUUCAGAAGAAGAAAAGAAAAUGGAGGGUGUACAUAGAUUUUACCAAUAUCAACAAAGUCUGCCUUAAAGACAGCUUUCCGUUACCCAAGAUUGAUCAGAUGGUUGAUGCCGCUACUGGUUUUGAGAGGCUCACGUUUCUUGAUGCGUACUCCGGUUACAACCAAAUUCCUAUGAAUCCGAAGGAUGAGGAGAAGACUGCUUUCAUAACGGAGAAGGGCACCUACUGUUACAAAGUUAUGCCCUUCGGGCUCAAGAAUGCUGGAGCAACUUACCAGCGCCUUGUUAACAAGAUCUUUGAUGAGAUGUUGGGAAAGACGGUCGAGGCCUAUAUCGAUGAUAUAGUGGUCAAAAGUGUGAAGAAGGAAGAGUAUCCUAGGACAGUUCCUCAGCCAUAUUGUAAACAAAAGGUCCAAGAGCAAAGACAUAUGGGGACCUCAACAACAAGCUGCUCUCAAUCAACUAAAAUACUACAUGGCGAAACCCCCAAUUCUGUCAGUUUGAAGCCUGGUGAGACUCGUAUCAUGUACUUAGCUAUCUCCAGCGUAGCCACGAGUGUAGUAUUGAUCAGAGAAGAAGGUAAGAAUCAGUACCCAAUCUUCUACACCAGCAAGACAAUGACAGAUGUAGAAACGCGGUACAGCAAAGCUGAGAAGAUCAUACUAGCAUUGGUAUAUGCAAAAAGGAAACUUCGACACUACUUUGAGUCGCACAGCAUCAAAGUUCUUACCAACUACCCCAUGCGAGUCAUUCUUUCUAAACCGGAUUUAUCCGAAAGAAUAACUAAAUGGGAAAUCGAGCUUAGUUCAUUUGACAUAUCCUACGAACCGAAGGUGUUGCACAAAGGGCAAGCACUAGCUAAUUUCCUCUUGGAAUAUGAAGAUAAGCCCGAGGAGCUAGGCCCUUCCGAGCCACAAUGGGAGCUUCGGGUGGAUGGUUCCUCGAACUUGAUUAGUGCUGGGGCAAAAUAUGAGGCCCUGCUCGCAGGACUCCGGUUAGCAAACCAGCUUCAGAUCGAAUUCCAUCAUAUACCUCGCGAGGAGAAUUCUGAAGCAGAUCAGUUGGUUGCAGCAGCAUCUUCUUCGGAUGAAGAUUUGGUCCGGAUCAUACCAAUUGACAUCCUAGACGAACCAAGUAUAAGCCCUCGGCAGGAAAUAAUAGUGAUCCCAGAUGUCCCACGCGAACCAUGCUGGAUGGAUCCAUUGGAAGCUUACCUUAAGGAGGGGACUCUCCUAAACCAGAAGGGCGAGGCGCGGAAACUCAGGCUCACCGCAGCCAAAUAUGCUAUCAUCAAUAAUCAAUUAUACCGAAAGUUAUUCUCAGGUCCUUACCUGAAAUGUUUAAGCCCCACUGAGGCUCUCACGAUUCUGAAGCAGAUUCAUGACGGGGAUUGUGGCAAUCACUCUGGAGGUAGAUCUUUGGCACACAAAGUUCUGACUCAAGGUUAUUUCUGGCCUUACUUGGCUCAGAAUGCUGAAAAGUAUGCCAGAAGGUGUGAUAAGUGCCAACGACAUGGUCUAAUGAAGCAUCAACCCGCCGAAGAUUUGAACGCGAUAGCGAAUCCAUGGCCAUUCGCUCAAUGA